UUGUUUGUUUGAUUGUGUGUGUGUUUAAGCAAGUUUUAUUGAAGAACAACUUUUCUUUUCUGGUUGAGAAUCGUCAUUCUAACCAGUUUUUCAUUUCAAUCAUUUCAUUUCAAUCAGUUAAGCGAAUCGAGUUUUUUUUCCUCUGGUUAUAUAACGCAAUCAUCAAUGAUUGUGUGGUCAAUUUGAUGCAGCAUUUUUGAUCAAAUUAAUCAUCAUCAUCUAAUUAUGCCAUCAUCAACAGCAUCAUCGAUCACAAUACCGAAUGGUGGACAGCUAGCUACCGAUUUAAAUAAUAAUAAUAAAAAUGAAUUGAAUUCAAAUGUUAAAAAUGUAAAAAUUUCUAUUGAUUCAACAACGAAUGAUAAUAAUCAUCAUUAUGAUGAUAAUGAAGAUAAUAAACAAAUUGAUAAAAAUAUUGAACAAUAUUGUUCGAUUCCAGGUGAACCAAAAGAAACGAUUGAAUUAGAUCAAUCAAUAGCUAAUAUUAUUAAUCAACAGAAUGAUUUGAAUGAAAAAAUUAUAACAAUGAAAGAAUAUCCACCAUGUCCCGGUAAACUUGAUUAUAUACCUGGUCCAAAACGUAUUGCUAAAAAUCGUUGGGAAAAAUUUUGGCAUACUACAUGUCGAUUGAAAUGGAAUAAUAUAUUCUAUUUGAGUGCAUUACAUAUUACCUGUAUAUUUGCUUGUUAUCAUGCAGCUGUUUAUCCGGUAAAAUUUUGGACAGCCGCAUCAGCCAUUACAUUGGGCUAUUUAACCGGUAUGGGUAUGUCGGUCGGUGCACAUAGAUAUUGGGCACAUCGAUCAUUCAAAGCAAAACCAAUAUUACGUCUCGGGCUGAUGUUGUUACAAACUAUGACAAUGAAUGGUACUAUUUUUUCAUAUGCACGUGAUCAUCGUAAUCAUCAUAAAUAUUCGGAUACUGAAGCUGAUCCAAAAAAUCCGGCUAAAGGAUUAUUUCAUGCUCAUGUUGGCUGGUGGUUAUGGAAAAAAUCACCCGUUGUAAUUGCAAUGGGUAAAAAAUUUGAUGUUUCCGAUCUUUGGAAUGAUCCAUUGAUUCGUUUUCAACAUCGAUUUUAUGUACCAUUGUUUAUUGUGCUUAAUAUCAUAUUACCGACUAUAGUACCUUGGAUUUUAUGGAAUGAAAAUCUUUUAACCGCUUUCUAUGUGAUUGUUAUCAUUCGUACAACAGUUGUAUUGCAUUUAUUGUUUUGUGUUAAUUCGGUUGCACAUCAUUAUGGUUAUCGGCCAUAUGAUUUUCGUAUUCGUCCAGCUGAUAAUCGUAUCAUAAAUUAUCUAUCGAUGGGUGAAGGUAAUCAUAAUUAUCAUCAUGUUUUCCCAUAUGAUUAUCGUUCAAAUGAAAAAGAAUAUUGGGAAUAUUUUGAUCCAAUCAGUCAUUUUAUACAUAUUACACAAAUAAUUGGCCUAACAUAUGAUUGUAAAAAAGCAUCACCACGUGUUGUAAUGGGUAUUGUACGUCGUAAAGGAAUACCAGCAUAUUUUGAUCAUCCACGGUCAUUAACAUUUCGAAUAUUGAAUGCCUGUUUUGAUUGGGUUGCUGGUUCGAUUGUAACAUUAUGGUUUCUUUAUCCAUUUCUUAUCUAUAAAUAUUUUACCGAUAGAGAAAUUUUCAUUUAUCGUUGGGAAACAUGAUUAUCAUCAUUUUUUUCAUUAUUUUUUUCAAUUACAUUUAUUUAAAGAUAUUGCAACAACAAUCACCAUUCACUCAACAUAAAUCCUAUAGAAUC